CUCUCUCUAUUUCUCUCCCCCACCCCUCCUUUUGUGAGAUCUAGGAAACUUCCUUUCACAAAUACCUGCAGUCCCGCCGCUACUCACCGCACACAGCGAGUCUGAGGAGUAAAAGGAAGAUACCAUAGAAAGCGUGGGAAGGGGGGUCGCAGAUAGUAGAAGCGAACAGAAAGGGAAUUAGGAUAGAAGUGGGGAGGUCGGGGUGAGCAGGCAAAGAGGGGUGGGCGAGACCAACUGGUGCAGGGGAGAGAAAGGACGGAAGUUUUGGGCAACCAACAGCUUGCCCCUUUCUGCUAGGAUGCUUGGCCCUAUUUUGCAGCUCCCUGCUGUUCAUCUUCAGAGCCUGUCAGAGCUGGAGAGAUUCAGAUUGCGGGAGAUUAGUCUGUAUCAGCUGCAUGAACGCGGCCUCUGCUCUGACAUCACUCCAGACCAGAACAAAGCAAGGAAAUCUGUAAGGCGCAGACUGGAGCGAAGAGAUGCCCCUCCAGGAGUGUUUGGGGUUCCCCUUUCAGAUGUCAUCGCUCAGGAUCGUAUAGAGCGGCAGCGGGUGUUCGCAGUUCGAGAUCGCAGGGCCUGCACAGAAGUAGAGAGCAGCGUUCUGAGUUUUCUAGUUCACACACAAAGAGCUCCGCCACGAGGGUCAUCACUGGAGCUGCCACUUUCUCCCACCUUCAGAGAUGGUGUGACCAGGAUUAGGAGAAGGGGGGCCCUUUCAGUAGAUUCCAUUACAGAACUGGAUAAUGGAGAUGCUCGUCUUCUGGAGGCUUUGCAGUUGUCACAUUCUAAUGAACUCCAGGACAGAAGAAAGGAACACAACCAAAAGUUAAGCCUGAACCCUGUUUAUAAGCAGGUUCCAAGAAUUGUGGAGAGGUGCUGCUCUCACUUAGAGAAUUAUGGUUUGCAUACUGUUGGAAUUUUUAGAAUCGGGAGCUCAAAAAAAAGAGUUGAACAACUGCGGGAAGAAUUUGCUGUAUCUGGUGAUGUACUUCUAGGGGAGGACACGUGUGUGCAUGAUGUGUCUGCACUACUCAAAGCAUUCCUGAGGGACCUUCCAGACCCUGUCCUGCCAAGAGAACUCUACUCAGCAUUUAUACAUACUGCAGGCCGGGGUGAGCGGGAGCGGCUCAACGCCCUGCAACUACUGGUUUUUGCUCUCCCGAUGUGCAACGCAGACACAUUGCUUCGCAUUCUGCAGCUUUUACAUAAUGUGGCUUUACAUGAGCAUGACACAACCAGUUCCACAGGAGAGCAGGUACCAGGUAAUAAAAUGUCUGUCACCAACCUUGCCACUGUAUUUGGACCAAACCUGCUACAGGGGGUGAAAUCGCCUGAGUCUGAAAUUCAGAGUUUCCAGGACAGCUCAGCCCAGAUCAGAGUGACGGAAACCCUCAUACAGCAUUAUCAAGAGUUAUACAUGGUUCCUUCACAUAUACAUGGAGAUAUACUGAUGAGUUUGCUGCACUCGGAUCCAGAAGUCAUUGACUUUUUGUUACGUAGGAAAUUCUCAGUUGCGCAGAUAUUGGAUGGAGCUGCUCAGUCUUCUCUUGAUGUACAACAACUGAAAAAAGAUUUGAGGUGCUCCCUGUUGCCUCAUAGGCCUCUGCAGACACUUAUGGAAAUGCUGAGUAUAGGAGUCAAGUCUGAUUUCCUGGAUUCUCGUUUAUCAAGACGGCGUCCGUCUCGUUCUCAGGAGGAUCUGACAGUUUGCCCUUCAGAACCGCCUACAAAGACCAUCUUUCCUUCUCGUCCCCGUUUUUUGCCACUAUUCUCCAAAGCAACAGCAUCUCCCCAAUCACAUAGUUUGGACACACCUUCACCUGUGUUGUCGCCAUCCAAAUUGCAGAUGGUUACAGAGGAGAUCACAAAGACUUUUGGUUUUGGCAAAACAGCUGUAUAACAUGAAUACCUAUUCACUCCACAUUACCUGACUUGCGUUAUCUAUCACUGCUGCACUGUGUAUCCAAAGCAACCAGUCUGGAUUAUUGGUUGGCUGUGACAUUGUUUAACUACUUUCUCAGUAAUAAUUUACAUAACCCUAACAAUUUAUGUUGCCAACUGACCUCAUCCCAUUAGGUACAUCUUAAUAUGUUACAUAACUUUGGUUAAAAAAGACUCACAUCCAUCAAGUUCAAUCUUUUAUAUAAAACGAGUCUAACUGCUAGUUCAUACAGAGGGAGGCAAAAAAUAACCCUUCUAAAGCCUCUCCCAUUUGGGGGGAAAAAAAUCCUUCCAGACUCCAAGAUGUCAGUUGACCAUUCCCUGAAUCAACUUGUACUAAGAGCUAUUUCCCAUAACCCUGUAAUUCCCUCA